AUGCCCAAUGUUAAGGCCGAGUAUCAAGCUCUUUUGACUUGGCUCCCUGUCUCCUCACGCUCCUGGUCCCAUGCGGGCUGUGAAGUCAUCACAGACGAGUCAGUUGUCCGAGACGCAGGCCAUUCCCGAAGCAGAAGGCCAGCUCAGCAGUAUUCGGAUGUCUCGUCAUGUUUCCCCGUAAAGAAUCCUUUGUCACCGCCAUAUCCCAUGUUCGGGGGUGCUGGAAAUGCCUGUCGAUGGCAGUUCUUAAUGCCACUUAUGCUCAUCACUGGGCAAGAGCUUCCACAUGCUGUUGGUGGGAGAGAACAACGAGCUUAUCAUCGUGACAUUGGGAGUCUUACUCUUUGCUCAGUGUGCAUACGUGCAUGA